AAUGUAUUUACACACAACUAUAAAAGAGAAAAUUGACUUACCCUAUUCGCCAUAUGUUUCCUACAUAUGUGUUCUCCACUCUUAAAGACAACAUGUCACAUUUCCGCGAGCAAUAAUUAUUGAUCAGACAUGCGUCUCUGUCGGAAAGCACAACCCUAAGCGUUCACCAAAGAUUCGCGCAGGCGCUCGUUCGAACAUAGCUUUAGCCAGUGCACCACCCAUCAGUCAGUGCAUCGUACGCCUCCGUGAAACAAUCAUGACGUGCUCCGAACGUUUACCAACGAGCACCAAAUUUACACAUAAAACCAAUAAUGAUUACAGUCUUCAACUGACACGUUGGUUUCUGACGCCAAUCGCGGCUUGGCCACGAGCAAAAACAUCGAUGACGGAGAGAGUUUCUUUGCAGGCGCAUAUUCUUGCUUGCUUAUUCCUGAUAGCGAUCGUCAUGGUGCCGUGUUUAUUAUAUGUAUCGCUGGAGGAGAAAGACAUGCAGAUAAAAUUGAGCGUUAUGGGUCCGCUGAGCCAUUGGAUCAUGGGUACAAUUAAUUACUGGUUGCUUCUUACGCGCAGCGACGACAUCCGCGAAUGCGUGCGACACAUGGAGACGGAUUGGAAAUUAAUUCGGAGACUCGAUGAUCAGGAAGUGAUGAUGCGAUACGCCAAGAUCGGUCGUUUCGUCGCCGGAUUCUGCGCGGUGUUUAUGCAAAGCGGAACAUUUCUCUUUGUCGUAGCCAAAGCGAUGACAUCUGUUACUGUUCUUGUAGGCAACGUAACGACAUCGAUGCAUCCGAUGACUUGUCCGAUUUAUAGCAAAUUUAUUGAUACGAGAUUCAGUCCCGCGAACGAGAUCAUGCUGGCUGUGGAGCUAGUAUCAUGUUUUAUAGUGAAUUCAAUUACAGUUGGCGCUUGCAGUCUCGCUGCAGUUUUCGCGAUGCACGCUUACGGUCAACUCAGCAUGCUAUUCUCAUGGUUAAAUAAUCUUGUUUCGGACGAGGAUAACGAAAACGAGUAUGCUGAACAAAAAUUGGCUGCUAUCGUAGAGCAUCAUUUAAGAGUGCUGAGUUUUAUAUCACGCAUGGAAAAUAUUAUGCAACAUAUCUGCCUCGUGGAAUUGGUGGGAUGCACAUUGAAUAUGUGUUUACUUGCAUAUUAUUCUAUUACGAAUUGGAGUGAUUUUGAUGCUGCAAAAAUAAUGUCAUAUAUUAUUGUAUACGUAUCUAUGGCUUUCAAUAUUUUUAUAUUUUGUUACAUUGGUGAGAUUCUCACAGAACAGUGCAAAAAUGUUGGCGAAAAAGCUUACAUGACCAAUUGGUAUAAUUUACCGCACAAAACUGCCCUUGGUCUCAUUUUGAUAAUAGCGCGAUCGAGUAAUGUUAUUAAGAUAACUGCUGGAAAAUUAUUUCAAUUGUCUAUUGCAACUUUUGGUGAUGUAAUUAAGACUUCUGUGGUAUAUUUGAAUAUUUUAAGAACGAUGACUCCCACGUAA